AUGUCGACCUCAUCAGCUCCGAGCUCGCUUUUCAGCCUCGAUGCGCUCUUCGACAAUCCCCUCUUUGCAGGAGGCAUCGGCCUAGCCUCCCUCGGCGCCGCUGCAGCGUUUGCCCGCAAAGGCGCCAUCGUGGCCCUCGGCGCCGCUCGCCGCCGGUUGCUCGUCAAUGUCGAGAUCAGCAAGCAGGACCCGGCCUACCCGUGGAUUCUCGCAUGGCUUUCGCAGCCGCGCGAGAACCCUGGCUUCAUCGCAUCGCGUCUGACACGGAUACACAACCUUUCCGUGACGACGACGACGAGCUCCCGCGGAGCCAACCUCGGCGGGCCCACCGACGCGCACUUCUUUCUCCAACCUGGCUAUGGACGGCACAUUGUCAAGUUUGGCGGCGCCUACAUCGCCGUCAACAGGGAGAAGCAUAGCACGGCCAACAUGAACACCGGAGAGCCCCACGAGAUAGUGCAGUUGACCACCCUGUGGGCCCACCGGCAUGCUUUUGAAGCCAUCUUCUCCGAGGCUCACCAACUUGCCGCCAAGGCGAACGAAGGCCGAACGAUUGUAUAUGCUGCACGAGGGAUGGACUGGGCGCCCCUCGGGGAGCCGAGGAAGAAGCGCCCGCUUGGCUCUGUGGUUCUCGAUGAAGGCGUCAAGGAGAGUAUCGUUGCCGAUGUCAAGGACUUCAUGUCGAGACAGCAAUGGUACGUGGAUCGAGGCAUCCCAUAUCGAAGGGGGUACCUCCUUUUCGGGCCGCCAGGAAGUGGAAAGAGUUCUUUCAUCCAAGCGCUGGCCGGAGAGCUGGACUUUGGGGUGGCCAUGGUUAACCUCAGCGAGAUGGGCAUGACGGACGACAAGCUGGCAUAUCUCUUGACAAAGCUGCCCAAGAGGAGCUUGCUGCUGCUCGAGGAUGCUGAUGCGGCCUUUGUUAACCGACGUCAGCGCGACGCCGAUGGCUACUCAGGUGCCAGCGUCACAUUUUCGGGCUUGCUCAACGCACUGGAUGGCCUGGCCGCCGGUGAGGAACGCAUUGCGUUUCUGACGACGAAUCAUAUUGACCGCCUUGACCCGGCGCUGAUUCGUCCAGGCCGGGUUGACAUGAUGCUUCGAAUCGGCGAAGCCACCAGAUACCAGGCUGCGCAGAUGUGGGAUCGAUUCUAUGGGGACGUGGACCAGAACGGCUCUGACCGCCAACGCUUCUUGCAGCGACUGGAUGAACUGGGUCUCUUCGGAACGGACAAGGAAGGGAAGCCAUCCAACAGGCAUACCAGCACCGCGGCGAUCCAGGGCUUGUUCCUGUUCAACAAGAAUGACGCCCAAGGAGCCAUUGACAUGGUCGAGGGUUUGAUCCCCCGCAAAUUUGAAGCCGACGACACAGUUCCCGACGGGGCUAUCAAGACGCCGGCUUGA